GAAGUCACAAAUGUAGCAGAGCGGGACCUAGCUGCUGCCAGACUUGAAUCAGUUGGUUGGAAUUUAGAGCAGGCAAUUGAAUCCUAUCUUUGCGGUGAUGGAAUUGUUGGAGAUGAUGUUGAAGUAUUACCACCACCAGCCAAAAAUCAUCGUCGUGAUGUGCCGUAA